AUGAGGUUCGCAGCAGCUCUCGCUUUGGCAAUUGCCCCCGUCGCUUUGGCCAAGGCCGUUCACAACGUCUACCCCGUCAGGAGAGAUGGACAUAAGGACAAGGGCGACGAUGACGACAACAAGAAGAACAAGGACGAUGGCAAGAACGUAGGAAACCAGAUCAAUAUCAUCGACGCGAGUGUCACAACCCAGAUCAUCCUGAUCUGGAACAACCCGGGAGGCGGUGCCCCAACCACGACACUGAAUGACCAGGUGACGGUGACACAAACAGUCACCGCCAAACCUGAUGCCACUGAAGUUGCCGAGGCGCCUGCUGCCGCUGCUACCCACAAUGUCAUUGUUGGUGGAGCUGGUGGUCUCGUAUACACUCCCGCCGAGUUGAAAGCCGCCGUGGGUGACAUGGUCAUCUUUGAAUUCCAGAGCACGAACCAUACUGCUACCCAGUCCGCUUUCGCCACGCCCUGUGAUCCUCUUGAGGGCGGCAUGGACACUGGUUUCCAGCCCAACCCCGACAAUAGCAUUGUGCCCGCUCCCCAGGUCGCCAUGCAAGUCAUGACCACCUCGCCCGUCUGGUUUUACUGCAAGCAAAUGGGCCACUGCGGAAAGGGCAUGGUCUUCUCCAUCAACCCUACCGCCGACAAGACCCAAGCUAUGUUCCAGUCUAUGGCCAUCGCACAGAAGGGUACUGGAGCCGGCAGCGCUAUCACCGGUAACGCUACAGAGGCCGCUCCUCCCGCUGAGGCACCUCCCGCCGAGGCCGCUCCUGCAUCCUCCGCUCCUCCCGCUGAGGCUACUGCUCCCGCUGAGGCUGCUCCUCCCGCUGAGGCCGGUGCCAUCACCAGCGGCACCGGCACCACCCUCACUGGCGAGACCUGCAUCUGCGCCGUCGCCUGCGGAGCCGGUGCCUUCCCUGCCAUCCAAGCUCAAGGCCUUGGUGCCUUUGGCGGCAUUCCAGGUGGUCUGCCCGCAUCCAUGGUCGAGGCAUAG